AUGCCAAAAUACUAUUGUGACUAUUGUAAGAUUUAUCUUACGCAUGACACUAUGAGUGUCAGAAAAUCACAUCUACAAGGAAAGACACACAUCAAGAAAUACUGUGCAUAUUAUGAAGAGAAGGCCAAGCAGCUAGGCAUCUGGGAUCUCAGUGAAAACCAAUACGAUAUCGAUCUAGAUUAUAUAUACAGCAGGAUGCCUUCACGAGCGAACUUCAUAAAGUACAAACUUCGAAAAGAAGAACUGGAAAGAACCGGCAAACCUAUAGAGGAAGAUGAACCUUUGUGUCUUCCGCCUCCGCCAGUGCCAGCAGGAGAGACAUUACCACCAUCAGUUCUUCGAUACGCUGAAGAAGAUCAAAAGGCUAUUGCAGUGCACAUGGCACGGGAAGCACCCAGUUUAUAG